AUGAAAAAAUUAUUGCUUAUGGGUCGUUAGGGUGCUGGUAAAACUUCUAUGCACUCCAUUAUUUUUGCAAACUAUCCUGCUAGAGAAACUAUGGGUAUAGGUUAUACUGUCGGUGUUGAUUAGCAAUUAAUUAGAUUUAUGGGUAACCUUACUCUCAACUUGUGGGAUUGCGGUGGUUAAGAUAAGUUAAUGAAGCACUAUUUCCACCAACAAAAGGAAACUAUUUUUAAGGAUGUCGAAGUACUCAUUUAUGUAUUCGAUGUUGAUAAACAAGGCAUGGAUUUGGAAGAAGAUUUGACCACUUACAGAGUUUGUUUAGAAAAUUUGGCAGAAUUAUCUGAAGGCGCUAAAGUAUUUGUUUUAAUACAUAAAAUGGAUAAAAUACAACCUAACUAGUAGAAGGAAGUUCUUGAAAGAAAAAAGCAAGAAAUUUCAAGUUAAUGCAGUGACAGCAGAGUUAAUGUAUUGGGAUUCUUUGCCACUUCCAUUUGGGAUGAAACACUUUACAAAGCAUGGAGCAGUAUUGUCCAAUAGAUGGUUCCUAAUAUGUAAUUCAUCAAGUAACAAUUAAAAGAAUUUAGCGAUCUCUGUGAUGCUGAUGAAGUUGUCCUGUUUGAAAAGCAAACUUUCCUUAUCAUUGCUUUUUAUGACAAGCAUGAAAGAGGCAUGAUGAAAUACGAAAGAGUUAGCAAUAUAAUUAAGUAAUUUAAGCUUUCUUGUGUUAAGUUAGGUGCAAAUAUCUAAGGAAUUACAGUCAAAAAUAAAUUCAGCUCAACAAUCUAAGAAUUUAAUGAAAAUUCCUUCAUUAUGGUUGUUUAUUCAGAUCCUAGAAUUAGCUAAGGAGCUAUUGACUAUAACUUAUAAUACGCUAGAAGCAACUUCAAGCUCUCUCCUGAUUCAGAAAACUCUCAAUGA